CAUUUGUAUCAAUGAAGAAUCUUCCUUUCUCCUACUGCUUUAGCUCUUUCAUCCUUUUCGCUAGCAUUAACUUGUUAUCAGCCGCUGAUAACAUCAGUCCAGAAGUAUCCAUCCAGGAUGGCGAGACAUUGAUUUCUUCCGCCAAAAGAUUUGAACUUGGCUUCUUCUCUCCUGGAAAUUCAACAAAAAGGUACAUGGGAAUAUGGUACAAGAAGAGUCCUGAAACAAUAGUUUGGGUUGCAAAUAGAAACAAUCCCAUUCUCGAUAGCAGUGGAGUUUUAUCCAUUAGUGAAACUGGAAACCUUGUUUUUCUUAGCAAAUCAAAGACCAUCGUAUGGUCUUCAAACAUCUCUGUAAAAGUGGAAAAUACAGUGGCGCGGCUCUUAGAUACUGGAAACUUUGUUCUUGUGGAUGCUGCUGAAAACUAUCAAUGGCAAAGCUUUGAUUACCCAUCAGAUAUACAGUUACCAGGCACGAACGUUAUCUAACUUCAUGAAAAACUGCUG